AGAAAAAGAAAAAGAAAACAUGUAAUGAGAAGGUAAGUUCAAGGAAGAGAGGAGAGCGGAGAGGCAAUCUACAGAAUGUGGGCAAAUACUGAAACCUUUGUUGCGAUGUUAUCUUCGUUUCAUCCCUUGUUGAAAGUAGCUCCAAAUCCAAUCUUCCCCACUAUUAGUAUUAAUAGUGAUAGUAAUAAUAUGAAGAAUAAGAAGAAGAAGAAGAAGAAGAAACAAAUGUGUCUGUUGAUAUGCGCCGCUUCGCCUUCCGAUAAUGAGUCUGACAAAUUUCUUAGAGAAGACACCGCAACUAGGACAGCUAGUACCGACAACAGCGACGAAAUUGUAAUGACUGGAACCACCGCCAGAGCGCGCAGAUUGCUCAAGAUUCGGGAGGAGAAGAGGAAGCGCGAACACGACCGCCUUCAUAGCUAUCCACCUUGGGCCAAGGUCCUAGAAGACGCCUGCAAAGACGAUUCUGAGCUCCGCGCCGUUCUCGGCGAUAGCAUCGGCAACCCUGAGCUCAUGCGCAAAAGGGUUGAAGAAAGAGUUCGGACAAAGGGUCAAGACUUUUCGAAAUCAAAAACGGGUUCCAUCCUUUCCUUCAAAGUCAGCUUUAGAGACUUCAAUCCUCUCGAUUCCUUCAUAUGGUUUGAAUUGUAUGGAUCACCAUCUGAUCGGGAUGUCGAUCUUAUUGGUAGUGUCAUUCAGUCAUGGUAUGUUAUGGGGCGGUUGGGUGCUUUUAAUUCUUCUAAUCUGCAGCUGGCAAAUUCAUCAAUGGAUUACAAUCCCCUGUAUGAUGCAAAGAAGGGUUUCGAUGUGAUGCCAUCUUCAUUUCACGAUAUCAGUGAUGUUGAGUUUCAGGAUAACUGGGGUCGUGUUUGGGUAGACCUUGGUACUUGUGAUUAUUUUGCCAUUGAUGUACUCCUCAACUGCUUGACGGUGUUGAGUUCAGAUUAUUUAGGCAUUCAACAGAUAGUUUUUGGCGGGCGUUGCAUGGGUGACUGGGAAGAGGGGAUGACAAACCCCGAGUAUGGAUACAAGUACUUUAAGAUCUGAAAUCAAUUUGGAUCUGAACACGUUUUAUUUUGUUUUUUUAUUUACACUUUAUGUACUUUGACACUGUACAGCCCGGAUUUCUUUCCAUAGCUUUUGGGUAGUUUUCUUUAGUUAUGCGCCCAGUCCUGGCAAAGCUUCCUCUAGCCCUUGGGAACUUUUGGAUAUCGAUAGCCACGCUGUUAAUAUGGAUUGGGUAGUGGAACCGAUGCAAAGUCAUGGUAGUCAAAAGACACAAGGAAAUGACAUGCAUGGCUUUAUCUGGUAAUUCUACAAUAUGAUUUUUGUCAGCCAGAUUGGUGAGAUUUUUAUGUUGUAAUUAAAAUUUGUCUUGGUUCUCUGCAAUGACAUGAAACCAAGCUAAAUUAAGAAGCAACAAGAUAGUCAGUCA